CCUGUCCUUCUCGGAUGAGGUGAACAUGUAACAAUCAUGUCCAGUAAUAAAAAGAUAACGCUCAUAUUUGGAGGUUUCAUUGCAGCUGUUGCAGUUGCUUUUUACCCUAUAUUUUUCCAUCCUCUUUCUCACAGUGAAGAUUACAAGCAGGUCCAGAAGACGAAUCGAGCUGGAAUAAAUCAAGCAGAUGUUCAGCCUGUUGGUGUGAAAAUCUGGUCGGAUCCCUUCAAGCCAAAGUCAUAAUGCAUGUUGGAAUGGAACAAAGUACUAGAAGAAACCUGAGACUCCACUGCUUGAGUGCUUUGGAAGAGACACAAACAUUGAUGCAGUACAACCGUGCACCUAAUGAGGCUUCAAGAAUGGAAAAAUCUUUCUGUGUGUGUGAGUUUUGUAAGGGAGAAUGGGCUGAUUGAAAUCAGAACGGCUGAUCGAAUUUUUUUUGUUAUUUUUUUUUUCCCUGCUUGUUAAAUUGUUAAAUUAAAGAUGCACAUAUUUGUCAACACUUAAAAUAUUCUGUGGAUAAAUCACUAUCACAGCAUAGUGCUUAUUAACUCAAAUGUAUUUAUGGGAUGGUGGAGUAUUAAGUGAAUGAAACCCGCAUCUUGAACCUUUCCUCAAGCUUUCUAUUUAUUUACUAAGAUUGACCACUAGAUGAUGCACAUCACCUUGACAACAAUGGACCAUGUGGGAAUAUGUUUGAAAAGAUUGGUCCUGUAGUUCUUCUACAUUCAUGAGUACUACAAUAGGGAUAUAUAACAUUAGCUUGUUAGACAUACUUUAGUUUUAGAUUCCUGUUGCAUACUCAAGUGCAAAGUGUCUUUUAAAACCGUCCCAAAUAGGGACACCAGGGCUUUAUUCUUGAUAUUUGUCCUGAUAUCAGAGAACAUUGUGUAUAGUAUAUUUUCACUCUUUCAUAACAUCAUUAAACUCAGCCCUGAUUUUGCAAUAUCUUUUGCAAUUACCCUAAUAUUGUUGCUCUAACUUGCUCUUCAUUAGAUUUCUCGUGCUAUUUUGGCACUGAAAGUUGAAAGUUUUGAAACAAAAUCUGUACCCUGAGAGCAGCACACACCUCGGCCAGAACGGUGUGCCAACCAAGUCUGGUUGUCAUGGCAACAUGACUGGGGCAGCACCUGUGCACUGGCGAAGCCCAAGGCCCUGACACUUUUUACUGAAGUGCUUUGUGUGUGAGGGUCCAAUGAAAAGGAUCCUCAACAAUGUAAUACACAGACUUGGCCUAAUGUUAACUCCACAUAUUCUUUAUCGAAACAUGAUAUCAGGUUCAGCCAUGGAGGCUUAAGCAUAAAAUAUCAUUGUGCAUAAUAGAACCAGAGACCAUUUGUAACUUCACUAAAUUUUUCAUUUCUGCAGAUGAAUUAAGGGAUAGUUCAUUCAUCUGCAGAAAGUGAUAGUUCACACAAAAAGGAAAAUUCUGUCAAUCUCAUGUUGUUCCAAACCUGUAUGCUCUUAAAAAAAAAAAAAAAACUCCACCCUUGUUCAUAUUACUCAAUUACCCAUAUUAAAUUAAUCUGAGUUGUU